CCCCCUUUUCAGAUUUUCCGAGUCUCCAUUACCCGCUAAAAAGAAAUAAAAGGAAAUAAAGCAUCCAUCUUUUCCCGGUACAGAGACCAACACACCCCUAAUCUCGCCCUCGGAGAAUGUGCCCUCCAAUGUGAACCAGGGACGCCAUUGUAGGCACCCAUUUGUCAAAGUGCUUCAUCUUUUCCACUAGAGCUUCACUUCGAGCCUAGCUUCAUCUCAGCAAGGAGAUUCUGGUCAUUUGACACAGAAAGGUGAUAGCUUUCUUCACCCACAAAGGAACCCAGUUCAAGUACACACAUACCUCUCACUGAUAGGUCUUAUAGUCUCAAAUGGGAACCCUUCAAGCCAUAGUUCUUCUCUGCUUGGUUUUAUUGCAUCUGUGCAGCCACAUUCUUGCCCAAGAUGAAGAUUGGAAGACUGCUACUGCAACAUACACCAAAGAAACAGAUGGAUCUAUCAUUACUGAAGGAGCUUGUGGUUAUGGGGACCUUCACAAGAUUAGCUAUGGGAAAUACAGUGCUGGGCUAAGUGGGAUUUUGUUCAACAGAGGGAGUACUUGUGGUGCUUGUUAUGAGCUGAGAUGUGUUGACCACAUCUUAUGGUGUCUGCAAGGGAGUCCCACUAUUAUUCUCACUGCUACUGAUUUCUGUCCACCGAAUUUUGGGCUUUCGGCAGAUUAUGGUGGCUGGUGCAAUUUCCCCAAGGAACACUUUGAGAUGUCAGAGGCAGCAUUUGCUGAAAUUGCAAAGAAAAAGGCUGAUAUUGUGCCAGUUCAGUAUAGGAGGGUGAGGUGUGACAGAAUUGGAGGGCUGCGAUUCACUAUGAGUGGAAGUUCUCACUUCCAUGAAGUCUUGAUUACCAAUGUAGGUUCGGACGGGGAAGUGCUUGCUGUGAAGGUGAAGGGUUCGAGAACCGGGUGGAUACCGAUGGCUAGAAACUGGGGUCAGAAUUGGCAAAGCAAUGUCAAUCUUCAAGGACAGCCUCUUUCUUUUGAGGUAACAGUCAGUAGCGGAAAAACACUCACAUCUUACAAUGUUGCUCCACCAAAGUGGCAAUUUGGUCAGACAUUUGAAGGGAAACAGUUCUAGUAUGGGAACCAGAUGCAUUGAAGAACAGAACGCUGCUCCUGGUCAUGAGUCCUUGUCACAUUAAUUUUUCUGCUAUCCUUAAAAAGCUUAGGUUAUGGUCAAAAAGAAGGAAAAUUGUAGAAGAAAGUCGAAAAAAAAUGGGAAUACGAGGUCCCAGUUUUGUCUCGUAAUGAUAGAAGGAUUAGAACGUGUAAUACUUGAUGGAACAUGUAAUUAUUUAAAGUGAUGCCACUGCAUUCUUGUUUAUAUUCGGACUUUAAUGGC